CCUGCGCAGUGCGGCGCGGCGCGGCGUGCGGCCGCCAUGUCCCCGAGGAACGGGCGGCGCACUGGGGCGCACCGGGCGCACUCGCUCGCCCGGCAGCUGAAGACGAAGCGGCGCCGGCGGGACCUGGACGAGAUCCACGCGGACCUGAAGCCCGAGAACGCCGCGCGGCUGCUGCGGCAGGAGAUCGACCCCGACCUGCCGGGCUGCGCCCAGUUCUACUGCCUGCACUGCGCGCGCUACUUCGUGGACCUGAACAGCAUGAAGGAGCACUUCAGAUCCAAGGUGCACAAGAAGAGGCUGAAGCAGCUGCGUGAGGCUCCAUACACGCAGGAGGAGGCUGAACGUGCCGCUGGGAUGGGCUCCUACGUCCCCCCAAAGAAGGUGGAGGUGCAGACCCAGCCCUUGGAGGAGGUCACUGAGAUGGAGACGUCCGGCUGAGCGCAGGGACGGGGGACUGAGAGGCUGAGUGGCUCUGUAAGAACAUCUUUGUCCUCAGCUUUGUGAGAAAAGCGUGAUCCAGCACUGCCAGCCAAAUCCACCCUGCUCCUCCCACAGCCCCCCUGGCCAGGACACUAACGAGGAGAAGGAGCCAGCAAGAGCCUGGGUGCCCUCCCCGAGUGUCCUUCUUCUCCAGAAAGGGACACGUUGCUUGUUCUCCGAGUGCUGGUGGGACUGCACACUUGUCUGCCUGCUUUUGGAGCAGUUUCUGCUCUGUCCUUGGGUCAGAGGUUAUUCCAGUGGUGCACCCAUUAAAAUAUGUCAACUGA